AGCAGUCAACUGCCAACUGCCAGCAUCAAUUCCUCAGUCUAAGUGAUCAUCUCCGAGGAGUAACACUCUCGCGCAUCGAAUGGUAGUGAACUGUGUGCACAAUGAUCAAGUCACGUUGGAAGCUGCCGCUAAUCGUUCUAUUGUCGGUCAAUUGCGCUCUUAUCAGUACAGAAGAUAAGUUCUCGUCUGCCUCCGCGGAAGAUUCGAUUCCAGAUGAUGUGGAUGGUCACAAAGCGCACACCGGGGAGACGCUCAUUUCGGCCCAGCUGUUUGCCAUCAUCGAUUUGUACAAACAGGAGGAUCCCGUCGGUUUACCUGGAGCUACCGUUCCCGAUCCGAUGCCAAUUCCGGAGAUUCAGCAAUCCUUCUCGAUCGCGAAAAUGCACAUGAAAAAUGUGCUGGCGUACGGUUUGUCCAAAUUUAGGAUAAAGUUCUUCACGACGGAACUGAACACGAUGAAGGUUCAAACUGCAGUGCAGAUCGAUGAGAUGCAAGUCAAGGGUAACUACACCAUGAGCACAUUUUUCAACCGCGCCGAGGGUCCGUUCACUGUGGUACUGAAGAAUGUACUAACCAAAGGAAACGUUUCCCUUGGAGUCGAGCGAGACGGUAAGGUCCGAACGCAGGACAUCAGCCUGGACAUUACCUUCGACGAUAUGUCAAUGGAUUUCCAAAACCUAGGCUUCAUGGGGAGCAUUUUCCAGAGUGUGGUGAACUCCGCCUCCAAUCUUGUGUUUGAUACCAUUAAACCGUUCAUGUUGAACGAAGCAUACACUAAAAUUCGUGCGGAAAUCGACACGCGGGUUGAGAACCUAACAACCGAACACAGUAUAGUUUUCCCGAACUCGAUUUCCCCCCUGGACAUGGCUAUCGGGGAGGCUCGCGCACUUGUGCGCAACAAAAAAUUCGAUCCGUAUUUGAUUCCCGAUUACAACACAACUGCCGGUAUUUUCGGAAUGCACACGGCACACACAUGGAUCCGGGGUGUUUCCAGCUUUUAUCGCUACGGGGAUAUCGGGAUUACAAUGCAAAACAACACGGUGGCACUGAGGAUGCAGGUUGGCACCCAGAGGAUCAUGGGCUCAACGCAAUGGGAGGUUUCUGUCGGUCGGGGCAUGAUUAGUCGUGCUGGGCAGGCUCAGUUUACCGUGGAGCACAUCAAGGUUGCGUUCGAAGUGCACCAGCCCCUGGAUCUUCGCAGGAAACCAAAGCUAUAUGAUCUGCAGCUCGAGUUGGGAAACAUUCAGGUUCGCUGCGAUGGUGCUGGGACACUGGAUUACGUUAUCGAAGCGGUGGUUAACAUCCUGCCGAAUCUGCUGCGUUAUCAGAUCAUGGAUGCGAUCGAGAAUCCACUGAAGGCCCGCAUUCAGGAAAAACUGGACUGCGUCAACGUUGAGCAGAUGAUCAAGAAGCACGUUCUGGAGUAUGAAAAGCAAGGUUUCGAUAUGGAGAUCGAUUUGAAAAUUUGCUGAAUGGUUUCCAUAGUUAUAGUCUCGAUAAAAGGUAGUUUUGCUUUACAAACAAUUUAUUUAAGAGAUCUUAACACUAAAAUGAUUCUUGAAUUACUCAUGAUCUUUCCAAUUGUAAUAAUAAAAAAAUACAAUGUUUUAAAUAAAUA